AUGCUGCGACAAAAAGCCUUGGUGGAAGUUCUGGCUCAAGUUAAUACUGGCGAUAUUUCUGGCUCACUGCUAUUCAAUCGUGAAGGACUACUGAUAGCCUAUAGUGGCUAUCUUGACAGUAAGGAUCACGCUAAUGUGUCUGCCGCGUUAAUCUCAAGUAUAUGGGAGUCAUUUGAUAGGAAAGGUGGACGUGAAGACUUGAAGGAGACAUUGAUCAUGUGUGAAGACGGAGUGAUGGCAGCAACACGAGUAGCUAAUAUGUUACUUGCACUCAAGGCUUCGAAAAGCUGCCAUUUGGGGUUGGUUCGAGCCAAACUUCAUGCGCUUGCCAAGUAUCUUGAGGACCCGAUUUCUGCUGUUUCUCAUAAUACGUAA